AAGAGGAAGACUGAGAGAAAGAGAAAAUGUCUGAUGAGUGUCAUCUGUGUCUGCUGGGACUGAUCGUUCUCUCUUCACUUCUCACAGGUAUCAGUGGAGUGGAUGAUGCUCAUGUGUUCAUCAGUUCUGGUGAAGAUGUCCGUCUGCUCUGUAAUAAUGCUCUUCAUGACUGCAAAUCAACUACAUGGAACUAUAACAGAUUCAGAGAUUCAGCAGCAGUUGAACUGAUUGGUUUAGGGAUAAAGAAGAACAACACAGAGAGACAUGAGAGACUGAGUCUGGGGUCUAACUGCUCUCUGAACAUCAACAACAUCUCAAAAGAAGAUUAUGGAUCUUACACCUGCCAACAAUGGACUGGUGUGAAUAGAGACCAAAAACAAGGAACUGACGCACAUGUUUAUCUGCAUGUUCUUCAUGCUCAAGCUGAUUCAACGGCAGCAGUAACUUCUACACAAGUGAUUGUGAUUGCUGUCUGCGCUUCAUUCGCUCUUCUCCUUCCUGCGCUGAUUCUUUGGCUGAUGAGUCGUAGAAAAAGAGCCGCUGUCAGAAGAGCGACUGAUGACUCUGUGGAGCAGACAGAUGAUGUGACUUAUACUGAAGUUACUGCGUACAGUAAAAACAGAGCCAAGAAGAAGAAGGUUCGCUGUGAUGAUAAAGUGACUUACGCUUCCAUCGGAGGAGCAACAGCUGGAGCUCAGGAAAACUGCAGUCAACUUUACGCCUCUGUGAACAAGAACCAUCACAAAUCAGGCAAAUAAUCAUACAAUAAUCACACGAGCAGAGCAAUAUCAACCUUAUAUAAUGGACUCCUAAUGCUUUCAUUCAGUGCCAUUAUAAAUACAUUCAGUGUCUUUUACGUGUUAAGAAACAAGUGAGUUAUUGGUUGUUCUGGUCAGUUUGUCAUGUUUUUUUUUGUACAGUAGCUUUCUGUGUGUCUUUAUUAUUAAUUCAGGCUCUGUUUGCACAAAGUCUAGAAAAUAGAGGACAGUUUUACUCUCUUAGAUCAUUCUCAUUAAAUCAUUGAUUGUCUCGAGUG